AUGUCAUCUUAUCGUCGACAUAUUGCAUCAAAUCAAUUAGAAAUUUGUAUUGGUAAUGUUAGUUAUCAAACCGAACCUCAUACUUUAUUAACUUAUUUUGAACAAUUUGGUACUAUAGAUCAUUACAAUUUCACUUCACCAGAUGGCGGUGGUUAUGUUUUUAUUACCUAUAUCAAUCGUAAAAGUAUUGAUCGAUGUUUAGCUAGUCGUCCACAUCGACUUGAUGGUCAACAUUUAUAUGUUAAACGUGCUAUACAAUUUAAUGCCGACUAUCCGCGUGAACAUAUAGAUUCAUCACGUGAUUUAAUGAUUGUUGUUGAAUCUAUCAAUGUUGAUGAAAAAUUCUUGAAAGGUUUACGUGAAUAUUUUUCUUCAUAUGGUACUUUAUAUGCUUGUAAAUACUGUCAUGAAGUAAAUUUUGAUUAUAUUCUUGUUGAAUUUGCUGAUUAUGAUCAAGUCGAUCGAAUCAUUCUUGAUAAACCACAUUAUUUUAAUGACUAUGAAUUAAAUGUCAUGAAAUGUAUUUCAGCAAAUAAAAUUUUAAUGAAUAAAAAAUAUUCGUCAAAAGAAAACUCAUCAAUAAAACAAGAUUCUAUUGAUAUUGAUGAUGAUUAUAAAUUUUUGAACUUUGAAUUAAAUUUAAAAAAUAAUAGUUUUCUAAAAAAGACUGAUUUAAUAAGUGAACAUGAACUUGAAAAAGAAGUUCAUCGACUUCAAAAUUUUUUAAAACAAAUUAUUGAAGAUUUUAAUAUUAAACGAAAACAACUUGAAGAUGAUUGUUGUGAACAAUUAAGAAAACUUAAUGAAAAUGCUGAUAAAACUCAUCAAUUACAACAAGAUCUUGAACAAGAAUAUUCUAAGUUAUUAGUUGAAUAUGAAUCACUUAAACUUGAAAAUGAAGCAUUAAAUGAACAGUAUAUAAUGACUGAAUUAGAAAAUUUUGAAAUAACAUCAUAUUAUGAACAAAUUCUUAUUGAAGAAAAAGCUAAAACAGCUCAAUAUGAAGCUGAAUAUACCGAAAAACUACAACUUUUAUAUAAGAAUGAUUCACAUCCAUCAUCUUCUUCUUGUUCUACAAAUGCUUCACGAACAUCAACAUCUUUAUCACCACCUGCUAUACCGGAUGGUGAUGAUGAUGACGAAUGA